CUACCAGAAUCAUGGCUGAAAACGACAGGUCAAAGAGCAUCGCCCUGAAAUAUUCCGUGACGUACUUCAUAUAAGUAUUAGAUUGUAAAAUUAGUUUUACAACUGUGAGGUUCAAGUUUCACUAACGGCAUGUCAUAAAACAACACAGCCAGACCACGAGUCGACCGACAAUGAUUUCGUUCCGCUAGGAUAGUAAAAUCUCAUUGUAAUUCGGUUUACUGCAUUGUCAUAACGAUAUGAUAGUCCCCGCUAUACACAGCGUCUCUUCUCUACCAGGCCGCUCACUGUUCCCUGUUACAUCCUCUAGGGGUGUCAGAACUACAGCGGGACACAGAACUACAGCUGGGCAAUAGAACUACAGCGGGACACAGAACUACAGCUGGGCAAUAGAACUACAGCCGGACACUAGAACUACAGCCGGACACAGAACUACAGCUGGGCAAUAGAACUACAGCGGGACACAGAACUACAGCUGGGCAAUAGAACUACAGCGGGACACAGAACUACAGCUGGGCAAUAGAACUACAGCUGCUGGACACUAGAACUACAGCUGCUGGACACUAGAAAUACAGCGGGACACUAGAACUACAGCUACUGGACACUAGAACUACAGCUGCUGGACACUAGAACUAGGACACAGGGAAAGCAGCCAAAUACUUUGGCUACAGCCGGACAGUAGAACUACCGCAGUACUCUAAGUCAGUGUCGUGUUUUUGGACAGUUUGACUUUCAAAUUACUGUUGGACUCCAAUGUAUUCCGGAAUUCCGUACCUCCAGUCUGUAUAGCGUAUAUAUGUGUACGACCCACUGUAGACCAUUUGUGACUGUGCUAGCGUAUACUGUGUUAUUGCGUUGUGCUAUAUAAUAGUGGAACAGAUGUAAAGGUCCAGGACGUUGGACAGACCGGGUCAUCAGGGAGGAAGACUGUCGACAGAAAAUGUAACGACCGAGGGAAAUGCUGUUAUCGUCGGCAUCAGAACAUAGGUUGAUUUUGUGUCGAGGAGUGAUCGUAGAGUUGACAGAUAUUAACGCUAUAUAUAUACGUACAACAAGUGUCCAGCCACGGAAAUACACAAAUAUCUGAACAAACGGGAAUACAUGUGUUGUGAGUACUGACGACACAUUCCGGGACCUGUUAGACUAACAGCCACUGUCACAACCUGAAAUGUCUCUGUUACACUAUCUCGACUGGAUCUCUGUGCUGUAUUUAUCAUUCCAAUAACACUGGUUUCUCCUCGGGUGAUUGCACACUAGGUAAUGUGUAAGGAUUUACGGCCGAUUGAUUCUCCCAUAAAUAUUUAAAUAGAGCAUUCAGUGUCAUCCGCUCAGUUAUCUUGAAUCGUGCACCUUUCCGCGUCAUUGCUUUCAAUUAUAUGAAGAUUGUGUUUUUUUGGGUAAGUUGUCGAGUCUGUUGGAUCACGUGACUGUCACAAUGUUACACACGAGAACCAAUGCCUCAACUGACAAGCCUGAUAAUUUUGCCAUGCCAGUCAAGGGAAGAGACGACGGGAAAAACCGGGGCAUAUUGGCCGCACUAUUACCGGGAGCAAAAAUACAGUCAGAUGGAAAAGUGGUGGUGAGUGUGGGGACCACGCGCGAGACUGUCAUCUUCAAUGUGGGCGGCACGCGGUUUGAAACUUACAAAUCCACGCUCAAAAGGCAACCCGAUUUCGCUUUGGCGGAUGAAAACUUUCUGCGGAAGCACUUCCGGAAAGAUGUCGGGGAUUACUUUUUCGACCGUGAUCCUGAUAUGUUCAAAUCUAUACUAAACUACCUCCGUACCGGAGAGCUUCACUUACCCUCCAAUAUAUGCGGACCUGCGGCCAAAGCGGAAUUGGCAUUCUGGAAGAUUCAAGACGAUCUGAUCGAGAGGUGCUGCUGGACAGAUUACAACUCCUGGAACGCCACAGUUAACGCCCUUAACCAACUCGAGCACGACCGCAAGGGGUCGCUACUAGACUCUACAGAGUCAGAGGAGGGAGAAAAGACAACUUGGACAAAAUGGCGGCCACGAUUAUGGAUGAUAAUAAACGAUCCCGCAUCAUCACGAACAGCAAAGAUCUACGGUUGGAUUUCCCUGAUGGUUGUGGCGGUGUCCAUCUUCAGCUUCAUGGCGGAAACCCACCCGAGCUUCAGCUACUCAUUACACAGGAACAUACCAACAUCAUCAUCCAACGGCACGGCAUACACAAAUUACUCUGACGUCAAUGGAAGUGUGGUUCCAGUAAACGUGAGCACGAGUACUGGUGACGUAAAAACAGAAUCUGUUACACACCCUGUAUUGGCAGUAAUAGACAUCAUUUGUCUUGCAUUCUUCACCGUUGAAUUUAUAUGUCGACUCUGUCUGUCCAGGCGGAGGUUACAGUACUUGACCUCUCUAAUGGGGGUCAUCGACCUUCUGGCACUCAUCCCCGACUAUAUCGAGCUCAUCGUCUACAACGUUAACCCAGAACUACAGUUUGAUGGGUCCGUGGACUUCAUUUCUGUUCUCAGAAUUACCAGGGUGCUGAGGAUAUUCCGACUGGUCCGGCACGUGCCAGGACUUUGGAUUCUCAUUUAUACGUUACGUGCGUCAUUCAAGGAGCUAUUAUUAAUGUCGGCUUUUCUUCUGGUGGGCAUGCUAGUCUUUUCUUCACUAAUAUACUACGUGGAUGACCACAAGAUAUUCACCUCAAUACCGCACGGUUUUUGGUGGGCCAUCAUUACCAUGACGACCGUGGGAUACGGUGACAUGUACCCGACCACAAACUUGGGAUAUCUCGUGGGGUCGUUCUGUGCUUUGUCUGGCCUGCUAAUGAUCGGAUUUUCCGUACCGGUUCUCGUCAACAACUUUAUAAUGUACUACAAACACGUCCAAUUUGCGCUGGAAGAGGAACACAACAAGAAGGUUCGAGAAAAAGAGGCCAGCGGGGGGUUGUUGGGUAUGAUGACUAAAGGAUCAACCGGAAGGAAGGAGUGCUCCCCCGAAACUGUUCCACUAAAUAGUUUAUCACCAAACCGUAAUAACCAGGGGGUCGCUGACGUGUAACUGAUAGUGUCCGUUAAUGGAAAAGACAACUCGGCAAAUUUGGUGUCUAAAUAUCUAUGGAUUUUCUUAUCAAGUCAGAAUUUGACAAAGGAAAUACAAUAGAUGUAGUUGUUUUCGAAAUGUAUCAACCGUUUUGAUUACGUUGAUUGUAUAAUUGCUCGUUACGAAGAUAUUUUACUACGUUGUUCAUAUACAUCUAUAUACUGUAUACAUUUAUUUUCUUGCGGUUACGUGUGUCAUGUAAUUAGUGGUCAUGAUACCGUAAUACAAUUGAGGUUAUUUUAUGACGUGUACAGAGACAAUACGUACACAGGCUAUAUUGGUAUUUUAUUGUGACGUAUACACAUUGUUUAUCAUUCACGUUUCAGAGGUCCGUUGUUAUUAGCAGUUCCUGGGAUUGUUGCCAGUAUAUCGGUUUUACUCAUAGUAUAUCGCUGUGGUAAAGUUAAUAAAAUCAUCAUUCCUCCA